AUCGAUCAUCAUCGAUCCUCGGGAUCAAUACUCCGUCACUGAUCGUCACUGAUCGGCUCUGCUCGGAUAUUUGAGCGGCGGCGGGAGGCUCGUGCAGGUCACAGCGGGAACAUCGCGCGCCGUGUGAGCAGCGGACAGACCGACCUCCAUCUUCAUCCUCAUCCUCACCAUCAUCACCAUCAUGUCCGGCACCAAGGAGGAGGACCGCAAGGGCUCGAGCGAGUGGCGGGAAUUCUUCUGGAACCCGCGAACUCACGAGCUGCUGGGCCGAACCGCCACGAGCUGGGGUCUGAUCCUGCUCUUCUACCUGGUCUUCUACCUGUGUCUGGCGGGGAUGUUUGCUCUCACCAUGUACAUCAUGCUGCUGACGCUCGACGACUACAAACCCACCUGGCAGGACCGGCUGGCCACUCCAGGGAUGAUGAUCCGUCCGAAGGGCGAUCAGCUGGAGAUCACCUACUCUGUGUCGGAGACUGAGAGCUGGGACGACUUCGUCCACAACCUCAACACCUUCCUCUCCCCGUACAACGACAGCUACCAGGUUCAGACCAACGAUAACUGUCCUCCAGAUCAGUACUUCAUUCAAGAGGACAGUGGAGAGGUGAGGAACAAUCCGAAGCGUUCCUGUCAGUUUAAUCGGACCGUGUUGGCGAACUGUUCUGGGAUCUCAGAUCGUUUCUAUGGUUACGACAGAGGUCAGCCCUGCAUCCUCAUCAAACUGAACCGGGUGAUCGGGAUGUUGCCGGGGAAGGACGGUCAGUCUCCUUAUGUCACCUGUGGAGCCAAGAGCUACAGAGUGGGGAAGGAUGAGUGGAGGGAGGACAGUGAUAAGAUCGGACAGUUGGAGUAUUAUCCUCCCAACGGGACCUUCAACCUCAUGUACUACCCAUACUACGGCAAGAAAGCUCAGGUGAACUACACUCAGCCGCUGGUGGCCGUGAAGUUCCUGAACGCCUCUCUGAACACCGACAUCAACAUCGAGUGUAAAAUCAACUCCAACACUCUGAGCGCCGGCAGCGAGCGGGACAAGUUCGCUGGACGGGUUUCCUUCAAGCUCCGGAUCAACGACAAAUAAACACACACAAAUCUACACACACACACACACACACAUCUACACACCUACACACACACAGGUUAAUGCUGCACUAAUCCAGGUGUUUGAUGAAUCCGUCCACUCCGUCUCCCUGUGUUCUUACUCCAGCUUCAUGAUGCGUUCACUGACACUGAAUCUUCCCCUGUAGCUGAGUAAUGUUUUGUAUUUUGUAAUUUUCUGUCACGUGAUCCGUCAGUGCAGCUUUAACUCCUCCCCCCGACCCUGAAACCGACCAAUCAGCACGCACACACACUCUGAUGUCACUGCCACUGAAGACGGACUGAAGAACGACAGACGAUCGAUCAUCAAUCAAUCUGCAUGAAUCAGAAACCAAACUAUUGAUCGCACAGCUGAUGUGUUUACUGAUCACUUUAUUUAUCCACAGCUUUAUUUAUCACUUGUUUAUUUAUUUAUUUAUUUAUGGUCACUUUGUUUUUUACGUUAAGUUUAGAUCAAACAAACGUCAGGUACGACUCGCUGUGAUUGGCUGUAACAUUAGGUUGGGCUGGCUCUGAUUGGCUGUUCAGAAAGAGUUUACAGGUUCACAGGAUUCUGGUUUUAUCAGUUCAGAGACCAGAACCAGGAACCAUAUCAUAAACACUGAAGAAACCAGAUCCCAAACCACUUCAGAAUCUGGUCUAAACCUCGGUCACCUUGUUUCAGCCAAUCAGAAUCUAACUUUAGUGGUGACAUUGUUUGUGUUUGACGUCAUAUUUUGUUGUUUUCCCUCUUUCACCAGUUUAUCUCUGUCGGUGCAGCUGAUUGGCUUGUUAGUUAAUUACAUCAUCAAUUAGAGGAUGACCUAACGAGGUAGUGAGUUUAGUUAAUGAGUUAGUUAAGGAGUUAGAGUCGCAUGUUUUUUUCUGUUGAUUUGUUUACGUUUGUUUUUGUUUACUUUCGUCAUAAUGGAGGCUGAGCAUGAUGACCGUUACCGUGACAACCAGGCCACAUGACACGCUCACACCGUCUCCUCACCUCACGUGGAAACGCCCUUCCCACACCUGUACUGCUCCCCACCAAUCGUCUUCCUUUAAAGAGUGACCGGCCAAUCAGGUGGUCCCACUGUAUGAUGUCAUGCUGUUACCUGUUUGUGAUUGGUUGAUUUCUUCUGCCUGAAAGUUUCCUUGUGUUUGACAUAUGAUUAAAAAACAAAGAAAUUAAACAGAAAAAAUCCUCUGAGUGAUUC